GGGCCCCCUUCCCACGCGGGAAGCGGAGGUGGCGUCAGCGCUGGGCCCUCUUCCGGCCUGAGGCGCAUAAAGAUCGGGUCGCUGGGGGGCAGGCCGCCUGCAGCGCUGAGGGAUGUCGCACGGGGUUCGCAGCCCCAGCUGAGCCCAACGCCCCUGUGUCUGCCGUCACAGGGAGAUCUCUGCCCCCUGGGGCGGAGACACCCAGCCCCUCCCCAAGCUGAAGCUGCAGGUGUUGAGGUACCAGCUAGAUGCCUUCUCACAAAGGACCGGUGGUGGCACAGGGCAGCGGGGCUCCUGCCAGUAACAGGGAGACUGACACGGUGGAGCUGGCCAAACUGGGACCCCUGCUAGAAGAGAAGGGCAAACCGGGAAUCGCUGUCCCAGCCAAAGCUGAAGCAGAGCAAGCCAGCCCAGUGCCCCAGGAGGAGGAGGAGGAAGAAGAAGAAAGGGAGGAGGAGGAGAAGGAGGAAGAGCGGGAAGAGGAGAUGAGGGUCCUGACACUUCCCCUGCAAGCAUACCGUGCCAUGGAGAAGAUGGAGGAGUUUGUGUAUAAGGUCUGGGAGGGCCGCUGGAGGGUCAUCCCAUACAGUGUGCUCCCUGACUGGCUGAAGGACAACGAUUACCUGCUUGACGGCCACAGGCCCCCCAUGCCCUCCUUCCGGGCCUGUUUCAGGAGCAUCUUCCGCAUCCACACAGAGACUGGCAAUAUCUGGACCCAUCUGCUUGGAUUUGUGCUGUUUCUGUUUCUGGGAAUCUUGACCCUGCUGAGGCCAAACAUGUACUUCAUGGCCCCCCUGCAGGAGAAGGUGGUGUUUGGGAUGUUCUUCCUGAGCACGGUGCUCUGCCUCAGCUUCUCCUGGCUCUUUCACACUGUCUACUGUCACUCAGAGAAAGUCUCUCAGACUUUUUCCAAACUGGAUUACUCAGGGAUUGCCAUACUGAUUAUGGGGAGCUUUGUCCCCUGGCUCUAUUACUCCUUCUACUGCUCCCCACAGUCACGGCUCAUCUACCUCUCCAUCAUCUGUGUCCUGGGCAUUUCCGCCAUCAUUGUGGCACAGUGGGACCGGUUUGCCAUGCCUCAACACCGGCAGACAAGAGCAGGGGUGUUCCUGGGCCUGGGCUUGAGCGGCGUUGUGCCUACCAUGCACUUUACGAUCUCCGAGGGCUUUGUCAAGGCCACCACCGUGGGCCAGAUGGGCUGGUUCUUCCUCAUGGCCGUGAUGUACAUCACCGGGGCUGGCCUCUUUGCUGCUCGAAUUCCUGAGCGCUUCUGUCCUGGAAAGUUUGACAUAUGGUUCCAGUCACAUCAGAUUUUUCACGUCCUGGUGGUGGCAGCAGCCUUUGUCCACUUCUACGGGGUCUUCAACCUUCAGGAAUUCCGCUACAGCCUGAAAGGCAGCUGUACUGAUGACUCUCUUCUCUGAGCCUCCCCCCCAAGGCUGGAGGGUAACUUCCCAAGUGCUUUAAAAAAUAACUUCUUUGCUGAAGUGAAAGGAAGCGUCUGAGUUGUCUGUUUCUAGAAGAAACCUCUUAGAGAAUUCAGUGCCAGCCAGGCUUCAGCCCACCUUCCCACCUCAGGGCGGGGGGACAAGCUUUCCGUGUCCCUCGCCCAGGAAAGG